AUGAUUAAAGUUAACUACAACUUUAUAGUGAUUGCAGCUGUUUUAUUGGCUUGCGGCUUCGCAAUAGCAACACACACGCGAGAAGCACGAUGCUUCCGCUACACCUGGUUGGGUCCGAGGUUCAACAACGAAAGCGUGUUCCUAAACGCAACGUGCCAGGAUGCGACGCGGCUCGCUGACGGAGUUCCGUGUGAAGCCCCGCUAGUCGUCUCGCAUGAUGGUACGUGGCCUGACGUGGAAUAUAUUUGGAGGAAUUAUGCCUUAAACGCGACCUGUAUUGCCAGUAAUGAUAUCUGUGCUACCUACAGCUAUUACUAUGAUGGAAAGGUGGAAAACUCAACAGCCAUGUGCACCCGUGCAGUGAACAGCAACGGUGACGCCAUAACUAGCGGAUGCUAUACGCAAACCGACGGCAGCUACGUCACAAGAGUGUGCUUCUGCCGACCGAUCCCGGGAGGACUGCCAUGCAAUAAUGCAACGCGGAAAAGCCUCUCUAUUUCAAUAAUACUUACAGUGAUUUUAUAUAAGUUAUUUAACUAA